UACAACCCGAUCCCUUUAGCCGUCCCUCCACUACUAAUACUGAUCAAAAGCAUAACCGCCCAUGGAGCAUAAUAUCCAUUUAGUUGGGCCAUGCACACGUUUGGCAUGCAUGUACGCAUGAUGCAUUCAUGAUCCAUUUGCCCUCUCCUCUCCUCUUCCUCGCCCCACCACUUCCUCAAAAAACCAAUCACCUUCGUCCUCUUUCUCUUCUUCGUCUUGCUCACGCCAAGAAGCACGGCAAGAAACCGUUGGUCCAUACCAACACGACAGGCCGGCCGGUGGUGCUUAGUUAGCUAGCUAGCUGCCGGUGGCUCUUUGCCCUUGUGUACGUACAUGGGGCAAGAAGAGGACGCCCUGACCGUGGCCUUGUCGUGGGAGCAGGAGGAGGGCAUGCCGGAGAGCCCGAGGAAGGCGCCGGUGGUCCUGUCGUGGGAGCACGAGCCGGCCGUGAAGAAGCCGGUCUCGACGGAAGCCCGUGGUGGUGGCAUGCGGGAGGGCCAGAGGAAAGUGCCGGCGCUGGCGAGGCGGCUGUCGGUGCCGCCGCCGCCGGGCAGGCCGGCGGCGAGGGGCUACUCGAGGGCCGUCCGGCCGGAGGACGACCCUUUCCUGGCGGCGUACCUCGCCUGCACCAAGAGCAGCGGCGACGGCGGGAAGAAGAAGACCGGCGGCGCCGCGCGGGAGCCCAAGGGCGAGAGGCGGUGGGGCGUGCUCGGGCGUGGGCUGGGCGUGCUGUCCUGCAAGCGGUGCAACGGCGUCAUGGAGCAGAGCAUGGUGAGGCUGGCCAAGCUGCCCGAGCUGGAUCCCAGGGAUGCUUAAUAGUACUAGUAAUUAUCUCCUAAUUUAUCAUCAUCGUCAUCUCCUCUUUUUGUUUGGCAUGGUUUGCAGUACGUAGUUUCUUCCUGAUAAACUUUGGUGAUUAGAUGUAGAAAGUUUGAGAACACACUAAAUUUGUCUGUGUGCUGGAGAGGAAGCAUGCAUCAUCUCAUCUUCCUAUAGCUGGGUUUUUCAGAUUA